AUGGUAGCUGGCUUUGUGAAGGGGCUGGCUCAGCUACUCCACCCGGGCGAUGCGAAGUACGAGGAGCAGGCCGUGCGGGGGGUGCGGCACCGGUCCGUGCAGCUGGCGUGCGGCGACGUGGUCUCGCCCAUGGUGGUUUUCUGGAGCUUCACCAAGCUGGGCUCGCUGGUGCCCAGGGCCGUUGCCAUCAGCAACGGGAUAGAGUCCAAGGUGGAGAAGGCUUCUGCGGCCCUGGGGCAGGUGAGCCUGCGGAACGGCACCCUGGAAGUGAGCGACCUGCAGACGGCUGCCCAAGGGCGCUUCAUGUGCCAGGCGAUGUUCGAGGAGGACGGCGAGAUCAAAGUGGGCUACUUCUACAUAGAGCUGGUCGUGCUGGUUCCCGUUCCGAAGCCCUUCCUGCAGAUGACCGACCCCACGCCGGUGGAAGGCACGGUGGUGACGAUGACGUGUGCAGUGAAGGAGGGGACGCCUCCCAUUGGGUACUCCUGGCACCGCCACACCAACAGGGAGAGUGCGGUGGCUGUCGCGGAAGCUGCCGGCGGGCUGUGGAACCUGACGGCGGCUAACCGGACUGACAUGGGCUGGUACGCCUGCACCGCCCACAACGAGGUCAACAGCCAGACCAGCGACAGGAUGUAUCUCGACGUCAUUUAUGGCCCUGAUGAACCCGUGAUCAACGUUGAGCCGUUUGCUAUUAACCAGAACGGCUUCUCAGCUAACGAGCAGGAGGAGGUGAUCCUGACCUGCCUGGCCCCUUCCAACCCGCCCAGCCACUACAUCUGGUUUUACAACAGCUCCCAGAUCUACUCCGGCCAGAAGUAUGUGAUAGCCAAGAUCUCCCGGACUCAGACGGGCACCUACACCUGCCUGGCCCAAAACACACACCUCAAUACGCGCACUCAGACCACCAUCAUCCUCACCGUCUACUAUCUGCCCGAGGGGAAGCCCAGCUGCACACCAGUCCCUGCUGCCAAUUUCCGGGACAUUGCUCUGCAGUGUUCGUGGCCUGGCGGGUUCCCCCCAGCGCGGCUGCGGUGGGUGAGAGCCGGCCGGGAAGCAGACGCUGCGGCGUCCUACUCCAAUGCUACCAGAAUCCAGCGAGGGGUGGACGUCCGGAACGGCAGCUCGUACACCUGCCUGGCUUCCCACCCAGCACUCAGAGAAGAUGCUGUCUGCACCACCACUGUGUGGGUCCCCGUGGGGAACCCCACCUGUUCUGCCAUGGCUACGAAGCAGAAUGAGUUCCUCAUGCUGUCCUGCGACUGGGCGGGAGGCCUGCCCCGUGUCACACUCUGGUGGAGAGACUGGCGGAACCGCGUGCUGGGCAGCUUGAAACCAUCCAGCAACAUCUACGUCAUGCAGUCCAACAGCACCCUUGGGGGCAAGGAGUUCACGUGCAUCGCAGCCCACCCUCUGCAGGCCAGAGCCACGGAGUGCCUUGUCCGGCUGGAUGUUCCCAAGCUGGCGGCCGAGCGCACCGAGGUGUCGCUGUUCGAGGGCGGCGAGGUCCAGCUGGCCUGCGCGCUGCAGGGCCCCCACCUGGGCUCUGAAGUGUUCUGGUUCAACAACAAGCACCAGGUGAUCCGGCCGGACGCUGCGAGGUACAGGCUGCAGCAGGGCGACGCCUGGUUCAACCUGACCAUCCAGGACACCGAGUGGAUGAGGGACAGCGGCACCUACCAUUGCGCAGCCGUGAACGCCGUGGGCAACACCACCGUCCCCAUCAGGCUCCGUGUGAAGAAGUACCCGACGCCCCCCAACGUGACGAUCAGCAAGCUGAUGUACACCCGGCAGCGCACUGAGGUGCAGCUGGAGUGGGUGACGCAGGGUUCGGGGAACCUGACUGGCUUCGUCGUCCAAAGGCAAGAAGCAAAGAAAUCCUCGCUGGGCCCGUCCCGGUCGGCAGCCCGGGCCUGGGAGACGGUGGCCAGUGACAUAGAACCUGACAUCCGGGACCACAGGGUGGGCGGCCUGGACCCGGCGGUGGUGUACGCCUUCCGCAUCCUGGCUGUCAACCACCGCACCACCGGGCACCCGUCCGAGGGGAAGACCCCAGCUGACCCCCCUUUCAACGCCUACCCCGCCGUGAUAGGCGCUGCAGUAGCAGGGAUGGUCGUGGCGGCGGUUGCCUCUCUGCUGGCGUUUCAGUACAUCGUCCGGAACCGGGACAACAACCCACGGCUGCACGACCUGCUCUUCGGCAUGGCUGGCCCAGAGGCUCACGAGCACAUCAGCACUCCGGAAGACGCUGAGACGGCCGCAGGCGUGGCAGAGGCUGAGACGGGCGGGGAGCUUGGGGGCACAUCCCCCACAUCCCCCCCGGUCGGGGAAGCAGCAGCAGAGUGUCACCCAGAGCCCCCUGCAUCCACCCAGGAGGCUCCCCCAGCUCCAGAUCUUGCUGAUGACGACCCUCCGGUCAAUGUCACAAUCACAGUGACUGCGACAUCGUGA